AUGUCUGGAUCCAAUAAGAAGACCGUGAAGGUGGUGCUAAUCAACACCGAAUACGUGGAAACAGAUGCAAUGAACUUCAAAUCUGUUGUUCAGAAACUCACCGGAAAAGAUUCAGUAGUGGCGGCGCAGUCAUCUUCCGCCACCAAACAGCAGCCAAGAAGAGAAAUGUCAACCGCUGCUCCGCCAGUUUUUUCACGUGGAAUGUCGUUUAAGGAUUUUGACUGGAUGCUUAAGGAGAUGCCACCACUUGAUGAACUUUACGGGCUUUGUUCGGAAUAA